CCGAUUGCACGUGAAUGUGCCAGAAGUCACGUGGGAGUCACGUGAGAGUCACCCAGACAGACGGAAUGCAGCCGUUCCAGUAAAGAGGAGCGACCGAAGAAGAAAAUGACUACGGCGGCGCUGACUGCGGGUCUGGAGCGAAUCCCGGACCAGCUCGGGUACCUGGUCAUCAGCGAGGACGGGAUUCUGGCUUCUGCAGGGGAGCUGGAGAACGAUGAACACGCAGCGGGUGUGAUGAUGCAGAUGGUCAGAACAGCCAGCCGCUUCCGGUUAUCUGGCUCAGCUGAUCCACCCUUUAAGCGCAUGUCAGUGAUCCUGGAGGACUUUGUUUACACGGUGACGGUUUCCAGCCAGAAAGUUUUCGUGGUCAAACGUCACAAUAACCAGCAUGAGCCAAUCAGCGUGUAAAAACGGUCCAGUGGCGAUGAAGAUGAGGAAGUCCUGCAGCUGUUUGUGUAAACUGUUUAAAUAAAGAAUAUUGUUUCAAC